AUGGCCUCGAAGGGAUAUGCGUGCACAGGCAGUAAGACCACAUCCCCUAAUCGACUUUUCCCCACAAAGGACAUUUCCAAGCUAACCACCCCAAAAAACCAGGCCUUAUACAUCCAAAAACACUGCCCCACCAUCUCCAUCCACCUCUCCGGCCAACAAGGCUACACCGCCCUGCAAUCCGGCUACUGGUCCUCCUUCCAACGCGACGUCGAACCCUUCUGCUUCCUCGAACCCACGACGCCCCAAGACGUCGCGCAAAUCCUCAAAAUCCUCAAGGGGUUGGGAUGUCCCUUCGCCGUGAAGUCUGGGGGACAUGCGGCGUUCGCGGGGGCUUCGAGCGCGGCUGAGGGGUUUACGGUUUCGUUGAGGAGGUUCAGGGAGGUGAGUGUUGGUGAGGAUCGCAGGACGACGAGGGUCGGGACGGGGAAUACGUGGGGGGAGGUUUAUGAGGAGCUCAGGCCGAGGGGGUUGGGUGUUGUUGGGGGACGGGUGAAGAAUAUCGGCGUUGGGGGGUUGGUUCUCGGGGGUGGGAUAUCGUUUUUUUCGGGCAGGUAUGGCUGGGCGUGUGAUGGGGUGAGGAACUAUGAGCUGGUGACUGCCGAAGGGGAGGUUCUGCAGGUUUCGCAGGAGAGUCAGCCGGAUUUGUAUUGGGCGUUGAGGGGCGGGGGGAAUCAGUUUGGGGUGGUUACAAGGGUGGAUUUGGAGACGUUCGAGCAGGGCGAUCUGUGGGGUGGGACGAGGGUGUUGUUGUGGGAGCACACGGAGGCUUUGCUGGAUGCGUUUUAUGAGUUCGCGCAGGUGGGUGCGGAGGCAGAUGUCGAUGCGAGUAUGUACCUCGCUUUUGCGUAUGCCCCCAAGCCGAGGGAUAUCUUCGUCGCGUCGCCGUUCUUCACGCAUGCGAAGGGGGUGGAGGAGCCGCGUGUGUUCAGGGAGUUUCUCAAACUACCGCAUGUGCGGAGUACGUUGCGGAAAGCGAAUCUGGUCGACCUCGCAGACGAGUUGGAUAAGACGAACCCCAACGGCCUGAGGGAAAGCUACUGGACGCACAACUUCCUGCUCACACGAGAGAUGCUCAGCGAAGUAACUCAAAUCUGGAAGGAUGAAGUCGAAACCCUCAAAGACGUCGCCGGCGUCCUCCCCGCCCUCGUCCUCCAACCCCUCACGCGGAACAUCCUCGCGCACUUCUCCCGCAACGGCGGCAAUUGCCUGGGCCUGUCCCCCUCCCCUUCAACCCCCUCAGAACCUCUCCUUUUGAUGUCCGUCCCGACGAUGUGGACCGACACCAGCAAGGACGAGCUCGUCAUCAGCACGUUGCGGCGGAUGGUGGAGCGGUGCGUGGCGAGGAGUCGGGAGGUGGGGGCGUUUCAGAGGUUUAUCUAUAUGAAUUAUGCGGCGAGGGAGCAGCGGGUUUUUGAGGGGUAUGGGGAGGGGUGCUUGGGGAGGUUGAGGGGGGUUGCGAGGAAGUGGGAUCCUGAGGGGGUUUUGAGGGGACAGGGCGGGUUUGGGUUGUGGGAUGGGGUGGGGAAGGCGGAGGGGGAGGGAUGA